UCUUUUCUCGAAAUGUUACAUUCUAAACAGAAAACAGUGCAACAUGUUCAACACUCCUGUUGAACGAAAGUAAGCGUGAGAGUUGCACAGCAGAAAAUAUUUUUUUUUUUUUAAUUAUUGUUUGAUAGUAUUUUUUUUUUUAAUAAACUAUUUCCAUUGCACUAAAUAUAAUGGAACGCUCAAUUUUAUUAAGCACAAUAUUGGAAAUUGCACAGCAGCUGGUGGAUUCAAGCUCGUCCUCAACAGAAAAUGAAAUGGAAAUACUACAGCCUAAAAGAGUUGCUCAACCGAAAAAGAAAAGUUUCGUAGAAGACGUUGUGAACGCUUACACAGAAACCGAGUUUAAAAAGCAAUUUCGUAUCAGUCGUGUACUCUAUAAGGAACUCGUGCAGAAAUACGCCGCAAGUACAUGGUAUAUCAAAAGAAGCUAUAAGGGCGGUAGAAUGCAAAGACCAGCCGAAACGCACGUGCUUGCAUUUCUGUGGUUCGCUGCAAAUAAAACCGGUUUUAGAGAAGUGGCAAACUUAUACGAUAUGUCUUUGUCAAAUUUUCACAACACCUUUAAUGCGGUUUUGAAUUUUCUCGUCAAAGAUGUCGCGCCUGCGGCAAUACGCUUUCCAAAAGAACACAAUGAGCAAGUAGUUAACGCUAAUGAGUUCGCCAAUUUGGCCGGGUUUCCGAAUGUUUUGGGCUGCAUUGGUGCAUGUCACAUCACAAGCCGUAAACCGAAACAUAAAACAGGCGCUAAAGACAACCAGCGACACGAUUGUGUCUAUAUUACUUUACAGGGUGUGUGCGAUGCAAAAUUACGCUUUUUGCACGUAUACACAGGGAUGUCUAGCAAAAUGCAUGAUGACAGCGUGUACGGCUUAUCCGACGUUGGUAAGGAAUUGUCGUGCGUAUGCGCACCAAACCAAUACCAUUUAUUGGGAGAUGCAACAUAUCCACUGAGUGAAUACUUAUUAACACCAUACCGUGAUGUUGGCACUUUGACAGCCGCUGAAAUGUUGUACAACACGAAAUUUCAACAGACUCGGGUGCAAAUUGUACAUGCUUUUGCAGCGUUGAAAUCAAGAUUUCGUCAGCUAAACCGUUUAGAUUUCCACAAUGUACAGGCGAUAGUGAAAUUUGUUUUAGCCUGUUGUGUGCUGCACAAUCUUUGCAUCGAUAGCGGUGAGGAGGACUUGCUGGACCAAAGCCUUACUUGUGCGGAGGUGGCAAACAUUGCCAUGGAAGUAGACGACAGUGGUGAACAAUCACUUUCAGAAAUGGGUCAGUUUAAGCGCAUUGCUGUUAAGGAGCAGCUGUACGCCGAAAGUAAAGAUAAUUAACUUUAUUUUCAUUUUAAAUUAAUUAAUAUACGUACUUAAACCCAACUACCAUUUCGUCAGAUUUCAUUUUUUUUAUACUCUCGCAACAUGUUGCUAAGAGAGUAUUAUAGUUUUGUUCACAUAACGGUUGUUUGUAUCUCAUUAAAAAAACGAGUUAGAUAUAGAUUAGACAGCCCGACAAAAUUGAAUUUUUUGAAUUUAUCAACUGAUUCUAGUUAAUUUGGGAGCGCUGAAUUCAAAUCUGUAAUCAGUUCUAGCUCAGUUCAGCUCUAGUUUUCAUGAUAUAGCUUUUUUAUACCCUCCACUUAUGUUCUC